UGAACAGGUUGGGAAUGUUUACCUCUUGUGCUUGCAUAUAAUAACUACCUGGAGGAAUUCUACACGUGGAUUAAAACAGAAAAAAUAGAUCAAUAUGGAGUAUGAAGUCUAAAUGUUCAGAAUGGAUUACAGAAAAAUGCUUGAGAGACAUGCUGUUGCAGAUGAUCCUGCAACACUUGUCUUAUUUAAUAGAAUCUGGUGAAGAACGACUACAUAGGAACAUGGAUGAAGGAGCUCAAAGGUUACAACUCUACCAUACCUGUGCAUAAUAGACAAUGAAUAUGAUGCAUUCCAUAUGUUUCCUGUGCACUGUUUGUAAGGAAAAUUUAAGAUAUCUAUGCAACCAAGAGCAUCCAAAUUAAGAAAGCUUCAGAUUAAAUCUGGUAGUGUACAGGUAGUAGUGGAUUAGUUUAUUCCAUAUGCCUGCUAAAACUUGUGAUAAAAUUGACUUAAGUGAGCAUUAAAGAGUAGUGUUGUUUUUAGAAAUAUAUAAUGAAUUAAAGUUUAUUUAAAAAAAUUAUGUGACUACCUGGUAAUCUAGAUCUUAAAACUGUAGCAGUGAUUAGUGCACGUAGUUGUGUAGGGAAAAAAAUUGAAGUUCUGUCAACGAUGCUGUCUUCAGUGUUCAUGACUAAAGUUUAAGGCUAACAUGACUGAAUCUCAAGGAUUUGUGGCAGAGAUAAUCUUGAUUGAUCCAAGUCUUUGAUUCUCAAACUGUCAUGAAUAGCUCAUUGACAUUCCCUUGAAACCUAUGCAUUCCAGAAUGAACCUAGUCUUUGAAAUUGUGUAAUAAGUAGAUGUAAAGAAAUUCGUCCACCACAAUGGAACACAGUGAACUUAUUGCCGAGAUGGCAUACAUUGAAAAGUUGUCAACUCAAGAGCGUUUGAAAUUAGCAAGACGUCGCCGUAUGCAGCAGAUGAAGAAAUGGUCACAAAAGGAGAGAGAAAUAACUGGCAGUAAGAGAGAAAAAACUGCACAAAAUGAGGCACAAAAGAGGAGGCGUGAGAACAGGAAGAGUGUCAUGUUCAUCAAUAAUGUAAUGCUAUUGGAAGCUGCAGCCAGAAAUGAUAUCGAUGAAGUGCAAGCACUUCUGGAAGCAGGUGUAAAUCCAGACUCAACAAAUGAGGAUGGGUUGACUGCUCUUCAUCAGUGCUGUAUUGAUGACUCAGAAGAGAUGAUGAGACUGUUGGUUCACCACGGAGCUGAUGUAAAUGCCCAGGACUCGGAAAAAUGGACCCCUCUUCAUGCAGCUGCUACCUGUGGUCACCUUCACCUUGCCAAGUUCCUCAUUGCCAAAGGUGCCAACCUUCUUGCUGUAAAUGCUGAUGGCAACAUGCCUUACGAUAUCUGUGAAGAUGAUGCCACACUUGACUACAUUGAGGGGGAGAUGGCUCGCCGUGGGGUCACUCAGCGACUAAUUGAUGAGACCCGGUCUGCCACCGAGACACAGAUGCUCAAUGAUCUGAAGCACAUGAAGAGUGAAGGACAAAGCUUGAUGUUUCGUGACCAUCAGGGGGCAACACCACUCCACAUAGCAGCUGCCAAUGGAUAUGUCAGAGUAGUGGAGUAUCUUCUGAGCCAAAAUGUACCAACAGAAGUUAGAGAUCAUGAUGACUGGUCACCUCUUCAUGCAGCUGCUUGCUGGGGACAUCCUGAUGUUUUGGAACUAUUGGUGCAAAAUGGUGCAAACCUUCAUGCUCGCACCAAGAACCAAGAGACUCCCUAUGACAUAUGUGAAGAUGCAGAACUUCGAGAGAGGAUAAUGCAGCUCAUCAGUGAACAAGAAACAAAGAGAAUUCAUGAUCAGACUAAAAGGGUACGCCGUACGCACUCCAACACUCGCACACAAUCAGUACGUCGAACAUCUAUUCGGGAAAAAACAUUAACGCCAAAGAAAGAAGCACAGGAGGAAGCAAGAAUAAGACUUCAGUUAGAAAAUAAGAAGAAACCUUUGCAGGAGGAUUCUCCGGCACUAGGUGGUUUACGAGCAGUUGAGGAAGGAGGUGAGAGCUCCCCACUGACAACAUUUCCAGCUGUUAUUCCUGCAAAUAACAACAAUACUAAGGACAAUUUUUUGGUUGAAGAAGAAGAGGAAGAGUUAAAGAAAGAAGUGAGAGAGAAUGAGAAAAAAGAGGACAGUGGAAAAACAAACACUAUUCCUGAGGAGGAAGAAACUCAAGUUCAUUUAACACCAGCACCCAUUGCAAAGACAGAGAAAGAGUUAGUGGUGAGAUCUAGUAGUGACAGCAGCAGCCUUAUCGAUAGGAAUGGAUUUAAAAUGACUCCAAGCAGCCCCCAAAAAGAAGCAAUUGAGGGUCAUCUUUCUACACCACCUAUUCCUCCCCCUCGGAGUUCAUCUACAUCGCGGCAAGACAUAAUAGUAGCUAAUGCAAAUGGAGCUGGUGGCAAUGGAAAUGGCAGUGGAAUGGUUACUCAUAGUGGUGAAGGGGGCAGCAAGAUAGAUAUUCAUGUCACAGUUACUGUCAAUCCCUUCUCACCUGGGACUCUGGCUGAUUUGAAGAAGCAGCGUGCAAUGUCCCGUGCAUCACAGAGUUCAUACACUUUGGCCCCAGCUGGAAGUACAUAUUCUCUUGCUGCACCAGAAUAUGAUCCUCGAAUUCAUGGGCGUAAUUCAGAAUUUACUGCUUCAUCUGUACGUGUGGAUACAGUUUCUUAUAGACCCCCAACAUCGCCAUCUCUUACUCCACGCAAGUUUUGUGGAGACCCAACAGAGGUUAUUGGUGGAGUAGAUGCACAGUCUUGUUGUACUUUGAUGUGAAUAUAGUUAAGAGCUGUAUACUUUAGAAAGUGCAGCAUGUGAUGAGAGGCCCUUAUAUAAAGUACGAGGAUUUUUUAAGUAAUGUUUUUGAGGGAAAAGCUGUUGUAUGUUUUGUGUGAUGAAAAGAGGCAUUAUGGUUAUCAGUAAUGUGCAGUAUAUGUUCACAUAUUUACAAUUUGUUUACUUUUUUUUCCCUUUUUUUUUUAUCUUUUACCUUCUACUAGUUAUUUAAAUAUUACAUCAUAACCUUUGCAAAAAAAUUUGCUUUUAAAGAGAUUGGAGGUUCCUCUUUUUUCUCAGAACAUUCCAUGAACACUUGCAAUUAAGCCUAACAUUUCUCUGUUAUUGAGCUUCACAUGUUUCUGUCUAUCCUUCAUCAGUAUAUUCUACCACCUUGUCCUCAGGUUCAUUUUAUUUUGCUUAUACCUUGAAUUCAAAUUUUUCUGCUUGAUCCUAAACUUUAUAUUUAUGCAUCUAUUCCUCAGCUUUUAUUUUCCUACAGAUGAUCUUUAAAUUCAUAUUUCUCACUUUGUAGCUUUUGUCACAUCUGCUUUUCUGCUAAUCAGUAUUUAAAGUGUUUUACCUUCAAGCCCCUCAUGUUUGUUGUUAAUUGUUUUUCCCCUCCCCUGUUGUUAAGAGCUAACACACACACACACUCUUUUUGUUCACUGUCAUUCAUUCAUUCAUUAAUACUGCUUUAAUAGAUGUGUUCUGCUGUGGUACUAUUCCUCAAGAUGGCCCCAGGAUUUCCAUGUUGGUUUACACAGCUUAGCAUCUCCCAUCAGCUGCACCUCCAGUCCUGAACCACUCAACACUAUGUUCUCUGAUCUUGCCAAGCACACCAUUGAUUUGAUGGAUUUCAUUCCCCUCUCACCCAGUAUGACAUUUUUGGUCAGUCUUGUUUCAGUUACCUGUUACCUUUGCUCACUUUACCUUUUGUUAUCUCCUAGUUAGAGCACCCUUAUUCUUCUUUACAGUAGUAGUGUUCAUAUGCUUAGUGUAAGUAGAUGAUAACUGCCUCUUUUAUCAUAUACAAACCAAGCUGCUUUGGCUUUAGGUAGAUGUUUAGUGUUACACAUAUGUCAAGGAUAAAUAAUUGAAUUUGUAGAUGCACAGUAAGUAGCAGCAGUGAUUUUGAAGGCAGUGACAUGUAGUUAAGAUCUUACUUUAGGUAACCACAUUAUUGUUGAAUUAUGUAGUGGUGUUGAUUACAACUAUUGUGUAUCAAAGUUUGUAGUUCCCACUAUUUGUAGAGUCGUAAAACAUUAUUUAAGAAAAUAUCUACGUGUCUUUAACUUUAUGAAGGGUUUUCCUCAUCUGGAAAAAGGGGGGGGGGGGGUUAAAGGCAAUAAAGCAGUCUGCUGAGGUUUAAAACCAUAAAAAAUAUUUAGCCAAAAUUGAUGGUAACUGAUAAUUUUUAGGAUAAAUUGGUAAAGUAAGUAAUUUUUGAUGAA